AUGCAAUCAGAAAAUGUGCAUUGUAAUAUUGCCAGUAAAACAACUUAUAUGACUAAUUCCGAUAUUUCUGAUACUAUUUUCUUUGUUGAGUCUAACGAUGAAACAGGUUUGUUACAAACUAAAGAAAUACGCUUGGAAAAUUUGAAAAAGCACCAAGAUAUCAAUAAAGAUAAGUUGCAAUAUCUAUUUGAUGAAUCACAUAUUCAUCCUAAUAUAAAAAAACAGUUAUUCUCCACGUCAUAUGAAGGUCGUCUGGAAGCACUUGAUAGAAUGAUUUCUUCAUUACAUAGAAAAGAUACCAGUGCAAUACCAUCACCUUUAAUCAUCACAUAUGCUCAUUUUGAUUUAAUUUUAAUGUGGAUUGAAGAAUAUUGUUUUGGAUAUUGGUUGAAAGGUGAUUUUGAACAAUCUGAAUAUCAUAAUUGUAAAGCUGUUUUAGCUCGUGCCUUCGAGUAUUUAACUGCUGUAAUUUCGUUAUUUGCUCAAAAUGAUUUGAGGUUAAGUGAACAAGAAGUAAAUAUUAUUCUUAUCCCAUUAUUAAAUUGUCAACUUCAAUCAUUAACUGUACAUAAAGAUUCAGUUAUUUAUCGUGCUGCAUCUGAUUCAAUACAUCUUAUACGUCAAGUUUAUCCUCCUAGUUUAUUGAUGGACAUGCUUGUUAAAUAUAUGCAUCAAUGUAGUACUGCAAAAAUGCGUCAGAUUUGCCUUGAUGAAUUACUUAGUCUUAUACCGCGUUCCGGUGACCUAAAAGGAUUUACUUCAGAACUUCAUCUAAAACUAAUUGCCCAGCAACUUGCUGACUCUGAUUCUGGAGUGAAGAAAUCUGCAUUGAAUUGUUUAUGUGUAGCCUAUAAAUUUUUAGGAUCCUUAUUUUGGCAGCAUAUUGGAAAUCUUCCAGAAAAUGAUAAAAAAUUACUUGAACAAUAUCUGUCAUCAUCUAAUACUGAUCCAACUUUGACUGUCUCGAAUAACUUUGAUGAACUUUCAAUGAAAACACCAUUUGAAUUUUUUAUAACAAGAGAUACUUCAGUAAUAACUGCACCUUAUACAGGAGAGUAUAGUCGUACUAAACGACCUAAAAGCCCACCACCUCUCCACUUGUCUCCAGCUGCCCCUUCUCUUUUAUUACCACUAAUUACUGCACGUGAUAAUCCAUCUUUAAGUGAAUCAGACAGAAUAGCAGCUUCAAGUCAACUUACCGCAGCUUUAUCUUGUUUAGUUGAUCAGUUAGGAGGAUUUGUAUCUGAUGAUGAAGCCCAAGAUGAGAAUCGUGCACCGUCAACUGAAAACUGCCAUCAGGUCUACACUGAUGAAAAUGAAGAUGACCGAUCAGGUUUCAAUAACAUCGUCCAUGGAGCUCUUAUCGACUUAGAAGUAUUAAUUCAAGAUCCUCGAACAUGUGAUCUGCUUCCACCUUUUAUGCCUCAGAUUAUUACUCAGUUGACGUUACUUUGUAAUCGUUUGUACAAAAGUGAAUCUAACGCAGGUCAAGCGAUUUUCAUGCAAUGUCUAGGCGAUGUAUUAAUAUGUAUUUUUACACGGCCUUUCUUAUUUCGUGAGGUUAAGGCUGACAAUUUAAAAUAUUUAUUGGGUGGUCUAAUACAACUUGCUGAACGAUUACAACUAAAUCGUAACACUCCUUCAUUGUUAACGAAUCCUCGUAUUAUAACCGUAAUGAUAUUAGUUCGAUAUAUUUAUACUGCUGUUGACCCUUCUAUUGGAUUGAGUGUUCUUUUACGUCUGGUUCAUAUUUGUUGUUUUGGUUGUGAUAUUUUAUGCCAUCGGAUCAAACCUGAAGGUCAGGAUAGUCAUCCCUCUGAUCCUAUACACAGUUUGGAUGAACCUUUCUCUUUAGAUAUGAAGUCGAUUUCUUUCGCCAAAGUUGCAUAUCUUUCACUUGCUCAACUUUCUUGUCGAAGUUCUGAAAUUAGAAAUUAUAUAAAUAAAAUUGAUUGGGGUUUAAUCCUCCCUUUUUUGGAACCAUUUCUUCCUGAUUCGUCUGGUGUAACAAAAUCGGUAAAAAUUAAAAGUUAUCAAUCUAUUCGUAUGGAAAUUUUACAGGAAACUGUAAAAGUUAUUCAAUGUAUGCUUAUUGAAAUUUACGGUUGUAUUGGUUCAAAAUUUAUAGAGGAAGUUGAAAAAUAUAGAGAUCAGUGUUCAUCAUUGCUAAAUGUUGUAUACACAUUAAAAUCUAUUAUGCACGAUGCACCUUAUCCACAUUGUCGUAUCAGAUCAGAUUAA